AUGCAAAUGGCGGUUCAUCCGCCGCCUAUACGAAGGAAAAUUGGUUUAUUGUUGAUUGACUUGCAAAGCGCUUUCGUGGACGGUGCAUGGAGGGCUUAUUUACCUGACGAAGAAGUUGAACCAAUCAAGAAAAGUUUUGAAAACUGUGCGAAACUUUUACGAUCGGGUUUGAACAAUGUUCCCCUACUGAUGACCCGCUGUCCUUUUCCAGGUGGUGACUUUGAGCUUGAUGACAGUUUGAAUUCUGUAGUUGAUAAAAAUCAACGAUAUGUCAUUAAACCUAGUACUUCUGUGAUGGAUGCUCGUGGUUUCAGAGAAUGGGUCGAGGAAGAAUUGCUGAAACAGGGAAUAAACACUUUGGUAAUGGGUGGCUGUACAACCACGAGUUGCGUGCGAGUCAGCUCGAUCCGAACUCAGAAGGCUUUUAGCCACAAAGGCCUUCAGGUUGUUGUUGAUUUAGGCUUGUGUGGUGCGAGAAAAACAAACAGUAUUCAAAGAUGUCCCAGUUGUCUCAAGGUGUACAUGGAAUGUGGGGAUUUUGAACCGUCACGCAAUCGUCAUUGCACAUGUGGUGGUAUUGAUGUUAGAAUGGCAUCACCUGUCGAUAAGGCUGUGCAGUGUAUGCAAGAGGAGGGUGUUGAGGUGUUGGAAAGUUUUGACUGGAAGCCAUACAUGCAUCAAUCGCCUGUCACUCAGUGA